CACUUGCGUUGCAACGCUGCGGGUCCGGCCAAGGUUACGCGCUGUCCCGUUGGCGCAUCGUUCGGUGGGCUACUGACGCAUAACACACCUCUGAGACGCCCUCGAGCAGCGCUGCUCGCAAGCAACACCCGUAGCGGCGGCGUGUCACGCCCUGCAACGAGGAUUUGCUGCGCACAGUUCGUGAACGUAUGCGGCAUAUACUGUGCCUCGCCACCGGCGCGUCGGCGCUCCUCGCCGUCCCGCGCCCGCUCCACACAAGACGACGAACGACGACGACGCGAGCCACCGCUAUAACGGAUGAGGACCCGCCGCCGCGCAGCGUGGCGGGCACGGCCGCGCUGAUCACGGGCGGCGCCGUGGGCGGCGGCUUCCUCGCCGUGCCGCGAGCGACGCGCGGCCUCGGGCUCGGCCCGACGGCCUUCGCUCUCGUUUCAGCCUGGGCCUGGCUCGGGUUGUGUGGUGUCGCGCUCGCCGAGGGCGCCGUGCGCAGCACGGAGGCGGCGCACGAUAGGGACGAUUAUGUGGAUGACGAGGGGCUGUCGGUCUACGGCGUCGCGCUCGAAGCGACGCGGCAUCGUAGAAGAAAAAGGGUCAUCCUGCCGUUAUCGGUCAUGUGCUUUUGUCUGGCGACCUUUUCCUCGUUAGGAGCGCAGUUCGCGAAAAGCCGGGAAUUGCUUGGCUCCGUCGGUGCUCUUCUGAACGGCGUGCCGGCGGUCACGGGCAUCGCGUUGACUGCCUAUGCGGCGGCCUUCGCUUUUGGCGAUCGCAUAGCACAUAGGAUCGCCUACGCGUGUACCGGCACCAUGGCGGCCUCGUUUCUGUUUCUGGUGGGCCGCGUCGCGGCUUUACCGAAAGUCGCAGCGACAGCACCGACGUCCUGGCGGGCCUUAUUACCCUCGCCCGGGACGCCCUGGGCCGCGGCCGUCGUCGUCCAGAUCCUAUGUUUUGGUGAUGUGGUGGGGGUGGCCGCGGCGCGGCACGAGGCCACGCCACGGAGGGUGCCGCGCGCGUUGAUCCUGGGCACGGUCGUACCGCUCGCGAUGGCCCUCGCGCUGGCGUUGGCCUCCUCGAACCUGCCGGGCGCCGACCCCCUUUCACCUCUCUUGAAAAGAGGCGGUAUGGACGCGUUUACUCUGCGACUGUUCGCGGCGUCGGCGGUCGCCACGACCGUGAUUGGGUUGUUGCUCGCCGCGUCUCAACUUCUCUCAGAUGUGGUCUGCGGCUUCGUGGGCUGGUGCUCGGAGCGGGACCGGCGGAUCGUGCGCGCCCUCGCGACCGCGCUGCCGGCUGUCGGCAGUUUGGGCGGCGACGACGCGUUCUACGAGCUGUUGGCCUUCGCGGGCGCCGUGCCCGUGCCUCUCUUAUAUUGUGUGCUGCCGCCCUUUCUGCUAUCUUCGUUGCGACGGCGGAAGGUCGGCCGGACGACAUUGCUCCCGGGCGACGCCGUGAUCCUCAACGCGCUCAAAUUGGCGGGCGUCGCAUUCGUGGGGACGAACGUGCUAGUCCGAUAAAA